AUGACAACACAACUAAACUUUGGCAGAUAUAAAGGAAAGACAAUCGAAGAAGUUUUUGCUGUAGAUCGGAACUAUUGUGUGUGGCUACUACAGCAAGAGAUCGUGAUCGGGCAAUCACGGGAGAUUAAAGAGUUUCUAGAAGAAAGGCUGAAAGACUCGGAUAUGACUAUGACACUGAACUGGGGAAAAUACAAAGGCAAGUCGAUCAAAUGGAUUCGCGAUUGCGAUAAGGGAUACUUCGAUUGGCUACUGAAGAACAAAUAUGUGGAAGAAAACUGCCCUGCGCUGAGAAAAGCUCUGCAUUUGCGCAAUUGA